CAUUUUGUAUUAUUCUGUAACAUUUUAGGAUAUCUGCAGUUGCUGUAUCUACUACGUAGACCGUAUUUCAACCAAAUUGCACCACCAGGAAACCAACCGGAAGCAAACAAACCUACCGGCUACCCUCGAGCUCAUCAAGAAAUGUGCUCUGGUCAAUUCCAAUCUGUCCAUCUUGAUCGAUGUACUCAUGGAUUUGCCGGACGUCUUGGGCUACAAACAGGUGGAUCUCAACGCCAAUGAAGCCAACGAACAAAUUCUACCAAUAAAGGGUCUCAACAGUUGGAAGAUCAAGACUUUGAAGCUUCUGACGGACCAUUGCAUGUCGGCUAUCAAGGUCAGUAUGGGUGAGGCGCUGCGCAAAUUUGACCCGAUACGACACGAUGUGGAAAGCUUCACUAGACAAUCGGCGGCAGUGAUCCGGGAGGACUUGUGGGGUGACGACUUGAAAUUGGUCGAGAAUACCCUGUGGAGCCAGUUGACGGCUGAGUUCGAGGAAUCGAUGAGGAAUUUGAUCGCGGCAAAAACACCAAUCGAGAAGUUUUCCAACUUGAGAGAUUUCUACGCAAUGGUUGCGCAGACGUACUUACCAGAAACGCAGGAACUUCAGCAGGACAGGGAGCUAGCGGAAAAACUGUAUUUCCUAGAGAAACAACUGAGUCUUUAUAGUAGCUCGACUCGAGACCUGAUCCAUCAGUACCACCUGGCAUGUUUGGAUGCCCAACUGCGUCUUGACGAACCGGACCGAGGGGUACUUACCGUGAGGUGUGCCAUCCGCAACGAUAGCCUGGAGGUUCAGAUUAUUUCCGCCGAGGGCAUAAAGCUUCCGCUGGAUUACAAGGGCAACUGUGAUUCCUACGUCAAGAUAAACCUUGCUCCCGGGUAUAGGUUCUCGGAUAUUGUUAUGCCAAAAACUCGAACAAAGUCCAAGAAUCACUCACCCACGUACAACGAGAAGUUUGCUUUAAAACUAUCCCAAGAACAACGAGAGAUCCCCGACGCCCUGAUUGUCUUCAAUCUCAAAGUAUCGGAAAUGCUCGGCCUUAGCCAACGGUACGUCGGUGAAUGUUUCGUUCGGUUGGACAGCAUCCCUAUUCUGGACUCGGACCGGGACAUCAAGAGCAUCGAGGUGCAACAGCUGUUCCUAGCACUACCGGAAAGUAUUGAAUCGGACUGCAUCCCAGUGCUCGAGUACCGACAAGGUGACAAGGAAGCAGUGCAGUUCUUCAAAAAGCUCAAGCAAAAAUUAGGCAAGGCUGCCUAUACCGGAAGUUUGGUCAGCAUUUACUAGUUUCUCUUAACAAAAAAAAAUGUGUCGAAUAUUUUCCGUGCAUUUAAAUUACUCACACAAUGACAACGAAUAUCAUGCAUGCGUACUAUGUUUAAUAUUUAGGUUUACGAUUCAAAAGUACACAGCUAUUAUUCAUUUUUGUAA